AACUAAACCCAACUGAAAACUGAGCAAAAGGGAGGAAAAGUGAAAAUAAAUCCUGUUUUCACUCAGUAAAACAAGUCUGUCACUUCAUAAUUGCGCAGAGAAAAUUAAGACCGUAAUAAAGACUCAGGAUCUACAGAGCCUGCACACUUAUAACCAAGUGCUGAACCAUUACAUGAAGAUUUGACCUGUGACUCCGUCCUGUUGCAUCAGCUGAGUAGGUCUUAACCUUCAGCUGAGUUGUGUAACAGACAAGGGCGAUAUUCACAGAGCCUGCCAAGCCUGAUGGGAAAAAAACUUAUUAUGCAUACUUAAGGUGAUAUGUUAUAAUCACGCUUUUGUUACAUCGGUUAAGUGAAUUCUCCAUGGACUAUAAAUAUAUAAACUAUAAACUAUAUAAACUAAUAUAUAAACUAUUUCUUAUCCUUCUAUUCCAGGGUCAGGGGACUUGUACGGCAUGUGCCGCAGUAGCGGAAGUGCGUCACGCACCCGUGACUUGCUCUGGUAUGAAGGGAGGAGACAUGCGGUUGUCUUUGAACGUGGUUCACCCCGGUCUGUCAGUGCCUCUGUGCCAGUCUACCGGCUCGUUAAAUUAGCCCCCUUUCACCACCAGCGAUCAGCUACCUAAACCAUGAAGAUCUGGACCUCAGAGCACAUAUUCAACCACCCUUGGGAGAUGGUGAUUAAAGCUGCUAUGCAGAAGUACCCAAACCCCAUGAACCCCAGUGUGGUUGGGGUGGAUGUUCUGGACAGAGAAAUUGACACACAAGGACGCCUCCACAGUAAAAGACUGCUCAGCACAGAGUGGGGGCUUCCAUCCAUAGUGAAAUCUCUCGUUGGUAACGCACGAACAUACACUUAUGUUCAGGAACAAUCAGUUAUUGAUCCCAAAGAGCAGACUUUUGAACUUCAGUCUUCAAAUGUGAGUACUAAAAAUCUCGAACAGGGCCGUGAGGCUGUGGAGUGGGUUAUCAGGCGACUGAAUACAGAAAUUGAGGAGCUGGCAGCCACAGCACGUGGGACCAUACGCACCCCGAUGGCUGCUGCAGUCACAGAGAAAUGACACCCAACUCUGGUGUUCAGCUAAGUUUCAGAUUGGACUGCACAGCAGAACAGCCAGCCUCCUUCUAUGAUACUCUGGUCCUGUUUGGUGCUUUGGGGAUUUUUGUAUUAUUUAAGGGUACAAUUUGGCAUGUUGUGUACUUUUACCAGUUAUAUUCUAAGCCGGAGACUGCUGCCUAAAGGAGGUCUGAGUGUUUUCUAGUGAUGCGGCCUGGCGGGACUGCUUUGAUGGGGCGCUGAAAAGUUGGUGGCUCACUCAGGGACAUUUAAACACUACUGCCAUUUGUGUGUUUGAAAAAAGGUGCAAUGUGGAAGGACUGGAAACACAAGAAAUGUGCCAAUGCAGACGCUGCUGUUUGUCUUUACAAAUGCCUUCUCCAGGUGUGUUUUCAUCUGGCAGAAAUGUGUCAGAAUGCCAGCACAUCGUCUCUGGUCUGAGCUUCACGUUUACAGCAGAAAAACAGGUCAUGGUGAGACGUAAAGGAGUGACUGUAACAAAUGCGUACACUGAGAAAUGAUGGCUGAUAUUAGCCAUGGAGGCGGCAGGUCAAGCGCACCGAAUGUCACAAAUGCAUGCAAGCAGGUCAGAUUAAACGGUUUGGGUUAUCCACAGUGACCACAGUAAGGUUUAUUUGUGUAAGAGAGCCACCUCAACAGUGUUUUCGUAUGGGACCUCGGUUACAACAACAGACUGUACUAGGUACGAAUGCAAGCCUGAUACUAAACUGUACUGAUGUAAUGUAAUAACUUAUGUCAUUGGGGUAUUUAAGUGAAAUUAAGGGAUCAAAGUACUUGCCAUAUUUAUACUUUUAAAAAUGUAUAGUAGACCUUCUCAAAUGCUGCUUUAAUGUAACAUAAACAUGAAUCUGUUUACUGUGUAGAAACAAGGGUCAGACUUCUUUUUACAUACUAAACCUGAGGUCGUUUCAACUGAAGUAGUUUUAUCGGCACAUGCAUAAUCCUGUAAGCAUGAUCACUGAAUGCCGGGGCCGAAAGCUUCACACUUAUUACCAGUAAAAGCUGCUACAUGUGCUAAGCAAGCAUUUUGAUAAAACUGUUUCAGUGGGUACUCUGUGUUUGAGAUGGUCUCAUAGUGGGAAUCUGUGUGGCGAUGGUAAACGCACAACUUUCUGUAUAUAACAUAUUUAUAAAUAUUUUUUAUCUAUGUCAGGGAUAUUUAUUUUUG